GAGAAUCGACCUUCCGUUAGUUGGGUAACAACUCUUGGGGCGUUUUGUACCGGUGUCAGCUGGCGACCUCUCUCAUCACUCUUACUACAGACUCAGGUACUACAGUUUGUGUCGGCGAGUGUGAGAGUCAAGAUGGUGGGCGAAUAUGUAUGCACACUGAGCGAGGAGCUGCAGAAGCGGGCGAAAGAGGAGAUCAACGAGGACCCAGAACGGCGAGCUGAGGACAUCCAGCACAUCAGGGACUGGUUGAAACACCAACCGCACAUCAAGGCCAGGACAGAUGACUGGACCAUACUGAGGUUCCUGCGAGGAUGUAAGUUCUCACUACAGCGCACUAAGGAGAAGUUGGACAUGUUCUACACGUGCAAGUCCCUGUGCCCUGAAUGGUAUAAAAACCGCGACCCACAGGACAAGAAAAUGCGUGCCAUCCUCGAACUUGGUGUGUUGUUACCCCUUCCUGGGUAUGAUCACCUUGGACGUAAAGUGGUGUUUGGUCGAUGGGGCAUCUACGAUCCAAAUGAUGUGAGUAUGGACGCAUUGAUAAAAGCAUUGUCCGUUAUAUUUGACUUACUAAUGGACGAAGAUGAGCAAGCGUGCAUCACAGGCGUGGUACUAACAGGAGACUGCACGGGUCUGACGCUGCAGCAUGCUCUGGCCUUCACCCCGGGGCAUGCUAGGAAGUGCCUGUAUUUCUGGCAGGAGGGAUACCCGAUGCGGCCCAAGGGACUUAACUACAUCAACACCCCCGCUGCCUUCGACACUGUGUUUAAUAUCUUCAAAACUUUCAUGAAAGAGAAGAUGAAGAGGAGGACCCACUUCCAUGGCAGCGACUUAGACAGUCUGCAUAAAGAAGUACCCAAAGAGGUCCUACCAGUUGAGUACGGUGGCACCAAUGGGACCAUCGAAGAUAUUAAGAAAUAUUGGCUGCAGCGGGUGGAUGCUCGGCGGGACUGGCUCAUCGAGGAUGAGCAAUAUGGUGUGGACGAAUCUAAGCGGCCUGGAAAAGCCAAGACCUCAGCUGACCUUUUUGGUAUUGAGGGAUCCUUCAGGAAACUCAAUGUUGACUAAACUUCCAGUCAUUCUGUUUUACACGAUCUUGGUAGAGAGAAGAGGUUAUACAUGUGAUAACUUGCGACAAAGAUUUUUCAGAAGAAUGAAGAUGGAGUGAAGACAUAUUUAAAGAUAAAUAUUUUAGCCACUUUAUUACUCAGUUUAGUUUAAACAUUAAUGAAUACAGUCAAUUUGUUUACACAAACAUAAACAGCAGUUAUAGGUAAGACAAGAGAGGACAUCAUAACAAUAUAUGGCACUCAUAUUGUCUAAAGCCCUAGACAGUACACUGUACUGUAUUGCUCAUAAAUGAGAUCAGCUUGAAGAAAAAAAUAUAUAUAUACAGCAUUGCAGAUGAUUAUAAAAUAAACAAUCCUAGGAUGUUAGGAUUGUAUUAUUAUAGUGAACUUAUACAGUACUGUAUAAAGUACAGUACUUAACUAGUUAAUUAAUUUGAUAUUUAAAGGAGAUUAAAGAAUACUGUAGCUUAAUUUAGACUAUGAUUACCCCAUGCACCUUUGUUAUUCAAUUUAUGAAAUUGUACAAAAAAAAUUUUUUUUUAAGAAAAGCAGAAAAUCAAGCUAUCAAAAAUGUAUCAUUUAUCACCGUUUAUGACACUUUUCCUUAUUCUUGUAUCAAAAUACCUUAGUACCUGUACUACUAUGGUAACUUUAUGCAACUGCAAUAUAAAGAUUUACUCACAGACACACCUAUCUAUUAAAUACCUGUACUGUAAUGAGUUUAUUUCAACUAUUAACAUGAUACACUACUUCAGUGCAGAACUUCAGAAUAACAGAAAAACACCAAAAGUCAACAUAAACAAGUACAAAGAAAAGUUAUUAGGGUUGCAAAAUGAGUAGAAAUUUUUUCAAGAAUCACAAGGACAUGUAAUUAUCCAUUAGCAAAAUCGAUAAUGAUAAUUCAUAAUUUGGGAGCCACAUCCUUGUUCUCCAUGUUCAACACCACAUCUGUUAAAGGAGUCAUGAAGGAAAUAAAAAUUUUGAACAUUU